AUGCCUUGCGUAGACACAGCACCUCUGCCGCUCAAGGAGAUAGCAUCAGGCCGAGAGAUGACAUCCGAGCUGAGUAGCCCGGAGGAUCGCGUCUGUCUUCUCGAAUGGCUCACUGCAAGCUUCGUAAGCUCUCUGAUUUCGCUAGCUGGACGAAGAACGCUCGAAGAGAGCGACCUAUGGACGUUGUCGCCAUAUCUGCGACAUCGCGCUUUGUUCGAGAUCUACCGAUGCGUACACGACCGCGCAGGCCUCGUGUCCAAUUUAGCACGCGCGAACGCGCUAGACCUGAUGAUUGACAUCAGCCUACGCUUCAUCACUUCGGCUCUAUCGCUUACAAGACCGGUGCUUCUGCAACAGAUCUUAGACAAGCUGCAACAGAAUUCAUCGCAGGGCCGCAUCAACGCGGUCUUAUUCGCCGCCCUUAUACUUACGCUUGCCUUUGUGGAAGCGGAAGCCGACCUAAUGCGCUCCUGGCAUUCUCGCCGCGCUUACGAGCGAACAAGAGGCGUCUUGAUUGCAAAAAUAUCUGCCAAGGCGCUGACACGCAAGGCUACGACCUAUGUUCCACCCGAUGGCGAUCGUUCGGGCUCGUCAGAUACUGGCAGGAUCGUCAACCUUAUGUCUGCCGAUGCCUACAGCGUUGCGCAGCUUUUCUGGGACAUCUCCAGCGUUGUCACUUCACCUUUCGAGCUCACGUUGGCCAUCCUUUUGCUGUAUAGACUCAUGGGCAGAAGUGCCUUGAUAGGACUUGCGAUACUGCUCGUGAUCUAUUUGGCCAACCAAGGCCUGGCUCGACAGAAUCUCAAGAUACGGCGGCUGUCAUUACUGGCAAAAGAUCGUCGGUUGGGCGUCGUCACCGAGUUUCUCGAGAAUGUCCGUCUGCUGAAAUUGCUCAACUGGCAGCAACACUGGGUGGCCAAGGUACAGGCAGCACGAGAAGAGGAGCUGAGAUGGCGUCUGAAGCAGAACGUUAACGAGGCCACGAUCUCUUCUUUGUGGGGCCUCACAACGCCUGCAAUCGUCGUCCUUGCCUUCUACUUCUAUACUCAGGUAGACGGCCACAAGCUAUCCGUAUCCGUAGCCUUCCCAGCGCUGUCACUACUCGCAACGGCUCAGGCGCACCUGAUUCGCCUUCCGCAGGCGGUCUUGAACGUCUUUCAGACAUUGAUCUCAGUGCGAAGACUGGAAGCGUACUUUGCAGAAGCAGACCGACCUGAGCCUGCCAUGCUUGACAAAGCAGACAAUCGUCUCAUCGUAUGUACGGACACAACUCUCGCCUUUGCGACUUCUGCAGCAGUCGAGGUUUCUAAGGAGCGACAAUUUCGCUUGGAAAUGCAGGGCUUAAUCGUCGAGCCUCAGUCGAUCACUGUGAUCACCGGUAACAACGGUUCUGGCAAGACGAGUGUCUUACUUGCGAUUCUGAACGAGCUUGAAUGCGUCAAAGGCUCACUCAGACGUCGCGUUGAUCUCAAAGUCGCGUAUGCGCCUGCGCAGCCAUUUUUGCAGCAGGGCACGAUACGCAGCAACAUCCUGUUUGGCGAGCCUUAUCUCCCGGACCGUCUGAAAGCCUGUAACUUGCUCAGCGAACUUGAUGAUCAGCAGAUCAUCGGCGACAAAGGUCUAUCUCUUUCCGGCGGUCAACAAGCUCGGCUUGGCCUGUCGAGAGCUUUGUACAGCUCAGCGGAGCUUCUGCUAUUUGAUGAUCCGAUUUCAGCCGUUGAUCCAGCAACGGCUGCUCGCAUCAUCAACCUGCUCGGCUCUGCAGAGGCUCUGAUGAAUGGACGCGCAGUAGUGAUGACGACUCAUCAUGCUUCGAUAUGCUUGCCCAUUGCAAGUCAGCAUUGGCAUGCUGACGACGGAAUCGUUCGCAAGAUUGCGCUUGGUCACUCGACAACGACGUCAAUUGCGAAAGCACGCACGGUCGCCACGGAUGACAACGAAUUGGCUACAGCUGCCGUGCAUUCGCUGAUACGCGCAGAGGUCAGAGCGACUGGCCGCGUAGCAUGGAAUGUCUAUGCCGUGUAUCUGCGCGCAGCAGGCUCGACAGUCUGGAUCUUGACGGCCAUCUUGCUCCUGUCAACACGUUUCGGCGAAUUAGCUUCCUCCUGGUUUCUCAAGGCGUGGGCAGAAUCUCAAGCAACGGACAGUACGGAAUGGCUGCGGGAAUACUGCCUCAUCGUGCUGAGCAUUGCUAUCUUGGGCCUGCUGAAGAUGUCCAUCGGUUACGUCAGCUCGUAUCGUGCUGCUCGAUCGCUCUUCCAGCAAGCGGCUGAUACGAUUGCGGACGCGCCUGUGCUUUGGCUUCUCAACACACCGCUAGGCCAGGUCAUCAACCGUUUCACUUCAGACGUCAACGUCGUGGACGGUAGCGUCAAUGGCUCUUUGCGCAAUUACUCGGCUACUCUUAUCAACUUUGCAAGCUCGCUAAUCGUCAUCAUCCUAGCACAGCCUUGGUUUCUGCUUCCCGCUACUGCCAUUGUGGCGAUCUACACUUGGCUUGCCCGGCCUUACAUUUCCGCCAGUCGAGACCUUAGACGUUUGGAGAUGAAGAAUCUGUCCCCUCUUUUCUCCUCCUUUGCCUCGCUGCUCAAAGGCGUCACCACUAUUCGCGCUUUUGGCACAGCCUCUCGGGAACGGUUCCAGUCGGACAUGCUUGCCCAGAUUGAUGCGUUUCAGCUAGCAGAUCAUCUGUACUGGUCAGCUAAUCAAUUUCUCUCGUUUCGCUUCGACUUGCUGGGCGACCAGAUAUUCUUCGCAGUCGUCCUCAUCGCAGCAUUGAGCAAAGCCAGUGCGGGCAUUGCUGCAUUUGCGAGCGUAUCUGCGCAACUGUUUGUCUCUUCGGUACAUUCGCUCGUCUGGGACUAUGCCAAUCUGCAGUUAGAUCUGUCAGCGAUGGAACGGAUACAGCAGCUUCUUAAGACUGACCAAGAAGCCUCAUCAGCCGGGCAUGCGCCACCUGCUUACUGGCCUUCCUCAUCGGCUUCGCUCGCGUUCGAUAACGUCUCGCUAGCCUACUCGAGGAAAAGCACGCCUGUUCUUCAAAACGUUUCGUUCACCGUACAACCGCGCACGAAAGUCGCAAUUGUAGGCGAGACAGGAGCUGGUAAAUCAUCACUCCUGCUCUCACUGGUAGGCGCCAUCGAGCUUGCGCAAGGGACUAUACAUGUCGAUGGUCUCAACCUCAGUCGACUUGAUGUGAGGCAAGUACGCGAGCGCAUCAGCUACGUGCACCAAGCAUCAGAGGCAUUCACCGGCACAGUGCGAGACAACAUUGAUCCGUUCGAAGAAUCAAGCGAUGUCGAGUGCCGCCGCAUCCUAAGCAGAGUCUGCUUAGGCGAGCUGGCGCUUGACCAGGAAAUUUCCGGCGGCGGUGAUAAGGGACUCAGCCGAGGCAAGUGUCAGCUUCUCAACAUCGCUCGGGCGUUGCUGCGACGCAACAAUAUUGUCAUUCUGGAUGAGGCCACGAGCAACCUCGACAACGACACGGACGAGCUAGUAUGUAUCCUGGCUGAUGUGCGAACGCAUCCAUGGCUUAUUACCUGA